CGCCAAGCCAGCUCAGGGAAACCGCAGCUUUUGCUCCGAGGAGGUCGCCGGACCGCAGGCCGACCCCGGCGUGCCGGCAGCAGCGAAGAGGCGGGGAAGCACCGGCCCCACCAGCCAAGGCCCUCCCCGCGGACCUCCGAGGGGCGGGGCUUCAGGUCGUACCAUCUUACACCGUGGAGUGGGGGGAAGCAUGGCCUUUCUUUUGGCCACACGCACAGAAGCGGGCAGGUGGUCGCUGCGGUUCUUCUGACUCCCUGAAUAAGGUCCCUCAUGUGCCUCUUUCUCGGGUCCCCUGGGCCCCCAAAGGGGGCGGGCUGGCGCAGGCAGCGGAGACGGCGCGCUGCGCGUCCCCCCCCCCCGGUGUGGGAGCGGCGGGCGCAGGGGGCGGAGCCCGUGGAGGACGGCGGUGUCCUUGCGGCGCCGCCGGGGACGCGGGUCAGUGUACGCCGGUGGGUCGGCGCGGUGACUCGAAUUCAGGAAAGCGACUAGCGGCAUCGCUCACUAUGUUGUCCCGGGCAGCGCUCAGCUCGAGCAGGACGCUGGUGCCGGCGCUGGGGGCUCUGGGUUCCAGGCAGAAGCACAGCCUCCCCGACUUGCCGUAUGAUUAUGGCGCCCUGGAGCCUCACAUCAAUGCCCAGAUAAUGCAGCUGCACCACAGCAAGCACCACGCGACCUACGUGAACAACCUGAACGUCCUCGAGGAGCGGUAUCGAGAGGCGCUGGAGAAGGGUGACGUUACAACUCAGGUAGCUCUUCAGCCUGGGCUGAAGUUCAAUGGUGGAGGCCAUAUCAAUCAUUCCAUCUUCUGGACGAACCUGAGCCCUAAGGGUGGCGGAGAGCCCAAAGGGGAAUUGCUGGAAGCCAUCAAACGUGAUUUUGGUUCCUUCGACAAAUUUAAAGAGAAGUUGACCACUGUAUCUGUUGGCGUCCAAGGCUCAGGUUGGGGUUGGCUUGGUUUCAAUAAGGAACAGGGACGCUUGCAGAUUGCUGCUUGUUUUAACCAGGAUCCCCUGGAAGGAACAACAGGUCUUAUUCCACUGCUGGGGAUUGAUGUGUGGGAGCAUGCUUAUUACCUUCAGUAUAAAAAUGUCAGACCGGAUUAUCUAAAAGCUAUUUGGAAUGUAAUCAACUGGGAGAACGUAACUGAGAGAUACAUGGCUUGCAAAAAGUAAAACAUCAUUACACUGAGCAGAACAAGCUUUUUACGACUAUUUUCAUAGCAGUGCAGAGUACCGUAGUAUACCAGUAAGCUGCUCUAUAGUAGCAUUUCUUAAUGUAGGUUCUUCAAGUAUUUGAUAAACACGAUUUAAUGCUAUGAACUUCCUGUUUUCAAAUUUUAUUAUUGGGCAACGGAAAACAGUAAGUGCUUUGUAUGAUUUAGUCUUGAUUGAACAUUUUCUUCAAGAGCUGAAAUAGCUAGGAGGUUAUAAUUGUCGUCAUAAAGCCAUCAAAAAUAUCUCAGCCCUUAGGGCCACUGGAGAAGCCUUUUGACCCUAUUGUAUUGCAGUUGUAGAAAACCUGGUCCUUUGCCCCAGUUGUUCAUAGAAGAUUAAAUUUAUUUCCCAAGGGAAACGUUCAGUGUUUCUAUUGAAAACUGCUCUUUUUGUAAGUAAUCUUCUGUCUACUAGUACUUCCGGUAGAUAUCACCCAUUGGCCUUUAAUUAUUUUUGGUCACAUGUUACACAGGGUUAACACCAUUUUGUCUUUUAAAAAAUAUAACUUGAUUGCUAAUUGAGAAUUGCUUUAUUAUGACAAGGAAAUAGUCGUGCAUUUGAAUUUUUCUGUUGGGAGAAAUAGGAGGACUUGUGUGUGAAAUUUUGUCAUCAGACAGAAAUAUGUGUUGUGUACAUGCUCAAAAUGGGCAGAGUCGGGCCUUGUUGAUAAAAUGAAUGUUGGGAAUGGGGCCACAGAUCAUUCUGGCGGGGCACUUGCCCCCACCUUCCAGUCCUGUUCAUGAGCAUCGCUUGGGGUGGGGGGAACCAGCCUGAAUCAGGUGCUGCCUGCCCACAGAGGCAAAGGAGUCGGUUUCUGGAUGUGGUCAGCAGCGUGUCCCCAUCCAGGAACAUUUCUUUUCGAAGACUUGUUUUUGAGUUACUCUAUCAUUUUUUAUCUUUUCUUUUAAAAAAUGUGCAGUCACUAUAGAAACUUUAUAUUGUUUAGUCCUUUCAGUAAAGGCAAACGAUACCCAUACUCCAGUGACCCAACAUGUCAAAUUAUGUUCCUGGUUAGCUUUUGCAGGUGGGACUGUUUAAAUGUAGCAGGGAUCCUUUCUGUAAUUUGGCUUAACAUUGUCAUGCAUUCCAUGUUUCACUAUUUUCUGUAUUUUUACUGGCUGUAUAAUUUAUCAAUUGGACACUUCCUAAUUUAUUUUACAUUUCCGAUACUGAAUAUUUCAUUGGUUUCUAAUUGUUACUUAUUCAAAUAAUGUUGUGGUGAACAACCCACAUAGGUUUUGCCUUCUAUUGGAAUAUCUUUUCUAUAUAGGUUUUUUCUUAAACCUAUCCAGUAACAGAAUGUUUUCCUAAGUUAGUGUAUUAUUUUUUCCCUCAAAAUUUAUUCUAUUUUUUUUUUUUUUUGGCUUGGAAAAAUGGAGUAACUUAGCAGUUUCAAUAUUGAAGACUGAAGUUAAAAAACUUUUUAAUUUAAGGCACUUUUGUUUUAGAAUUCAAGUAGAAAGUACUUAGGCUUUCUGAAUUGUCAGCAGUGUUGAUGACACUGAUGACAGUGGUAGCUCUUUGUGUGCCUGUGGAUUGAAAACACUUUGGAGACAAAGAUUGCCAUGCUUUCUCCCACAGUAAAGUCACUUUCGUGGAGCACAGAUGGGAGUCAUGUGAUUACUGCUUACAUAUAUACAUAUAUACACAUGCAUGCCCAUAUAGAUAUAUACACACAUAUGUAUGCACACACGUAUAUAUAAACAAGGCAGUGACUCUGUUUAAAUGGACCAUGUAGAAAAGUAGAACUUUUUGAAAGAUGAGCUUUUGACUAUAGUCUGGCAGAUCAUGGUUUGUAUUGAACUAACAAAGAUACGCAGAGACUACUGAUUCAUACAGUGCCUUUUGACUUUUACUAAGCUUUAGCAUUUCAAAAAAAUUCAAUGUUGAAAUUUCUAUGGGGCUCUAUUUUUGCCUCGAUUUUAUGUUGAGGGAGUGAGCGACAGCACACUGUUCUCUAAGGUUUUGGUUUCUCCUCCCCAUCAGAUUUUAAGAGACUAAGGUAGAUUACAGAUAAAGAUUUUAAUCAUCCAGUGGAAAAUGAGACUUUAAGAUUUUGUCUAGCCUGGUUUUUCAUUGUGGAAAUAAAUAAAAAAGGUAAAAGCGGCUGCUUCUGAAAUAAACCCGAGUGUUGUUCAUCCAAGAGGGAUUUUUGUGGCCGAGUCAGCAGUGCCUACUCUAGUUUUAAAUGUGCUUCAAACGCCAUAGCGUGAUUAGUACUGAAGGACAACAGGACACAAGGCAAAUACUGCCUGAGGUAGAAUCUACUGCUUGAACCAUUGUGUAAUAAUUAAACUUUGAUGUUGAGAAAUUACAGUUUUACUGCACACCUCAAAUUCAUGAUCUUAAAAUGAGAUUUGAGUUUCCAGUGAAUACCUUUAAAAAAAGUACCACCGGAACCAUAAAAUUAAGAUGGAUUGGUGUUGUGAGUCCUCUCUCGAACUAAGUCUAAAUACAAAUUCUAUUUCCUGUUUUGAUUUCGGGGGAGCUCCUGUUUGGGAAAGCUAUUAGGUAAAUGUUUUAUAAAUUACUGCUUCUCAUUUUCAGUCAUACCUAAUGAUUUUGGCAAGCUAAUGUCCUGUUUUCUUAGGUACGCAUCAAACCUGGCACACAUCAGAAAUCCUAUAAAGUCCUGGAUAGUUUUCAUUUAAUUAAUCGAUAGAGAAACACUUAUUUUCCUAUUGUAAGUGUGAAGCUUUUUGAUUGUUAAUAAAAGAAUCUACCAACCAUCAAAAAA